UAAAAUUUUGAAAUUCUUAAAUAUAAAUUGAAAUUUGCUCAAACACCUUGUUCAUCACUUAUUCUACAUAUAUUUAUACUAUAUCUGGAAUUAAAUAGAGCAAAUUAGGAUAGUAAGCAAAUUAUAUGAUAAUAUGGAACGUUCACCAUUACCCAAAGUAUUAGAACCAUUAGCGUGGCUUGAAGGAACAUGGCGAACAGACUGUGGUAGUGGCAACUACCCAACUAUUAAAGAAUUCAAAUAUUACGAGGAAAUAAGUUUUACAUAUAUAGGACAACCCAUGUUCAAUUAUACUGCUCGAAGCUACUCUAUCUCGGAACCAAAAAAACCAAUGGCUCAAUCAACAGGUUUCUUGAAGGUGGAUCCAAAAACUAAUAAAAUAUUUCUUAUCUUGGCACACAAUUUUGGUUUAACAAGUAUCGAAGAGGGUGAAAUAAUUAACAAUGUUGUUUGCUUAGACAGUAUUGAUAUAUUAAGAAUGAAAGGAGCAAAACCACCACAAGUAACACAGAUGCGCAGGAUAUUCAAACUCGAUGAUAAUAAUUUAGAGCAUGUGUUUUAUAUGGCAACAUCAAAUACUCCAGAACUGACUGAACAUUUGCGAGCAAAAUAUGUAAAAGUAAACUAAAAGGAGAAAAUAUGAAGGAAAAAUGAACUUUUAAAUGUGCAUAUUAAAUGUGCAUUAUAAUUUCCACUAUUUAUUAUUGCAAUUUUUUAUAUAAGUAUUAUGAAUGAAUAAAAUCUUAGAACAAUAGGUAAAACGCAUGCCAACCAUUUUUGGGCAUUAAUUUUCUCUGCAUCAGUGAUAUCUGUGCGCAUAUUACGUGAUAUGAAUCUAUUAUGUAUUCGUGUUUCAACAUUAUCUACCAUUCAGAUCCCUUGAAAUUACCAGAAAAAAUAUUGUUUACGCUAUUACAUAAUAACUUCAUAAUACACGAAGUAUGUGUCAUUUUACCAUCAACAAUAAUUUCUGUUGCG